GUCCCUCCCCAACAAUGGCCGCCGUAACGACAAACGGUGACGCCGCCGCCGUCCUCGACGAGAUCAAGGCCCCCGCGGGCGUCGUCCUGCCUCCCCGCGAGAUCCGCAACGUCCUCGAAAAGACUGCCGGCUACGUCGCGCGCAACGGCGCCGUCUUCGAAGAUCGCAUCCGCGACAAGGAGCGCUCAAAUCCCAAGUUCAGCUUCCUCAACCCCUCCGACGCCUACCACCCGUUCUAUGAAUGGCGACUCGAGGAGGUUAAGAAUGGGCGCGGUACAGCGAUCGCUGCUGGUCGCGUCGGCGAGGCCGCGCCUCCGCCUCCCAAGCCCCAAGGCCCUCCCAAGCCUGCCGACUUUCAGUUCUCUGCGCGAAUGCCCCGUAUCAACCAGAAGGAUUUGGAUGUUAUUCGACUUACUGCUCUGUUUGUCGCCAAGAAUGGUCGCCAAUUCAUGACUCAGCUGGCUCAGCGUGAGGCCGGAAACCCGCAGUUCCAGUUCCUGAUCCCUAACCACACCUUUCACAACUUCUUCCAACACAUCAUCGACCAGUAUACUGCACUACUACGCGCAAGCGGUCUAGGUGGCGAAGGAGGAAAGGCCCAGGAUGAGCGCACCAAGGAACUCGAGGCCAACAUCCAGGAGAGGUUCCAUGUGUUGAAUCGCGCCAAGCAGCGAGCCGAGUAUGCCAAGUAUCAGGAGGCUGAGCGUCAGAAGAAGGAAGAGGAGGAGGAGAAGCAAAAGGUCGAGUUUGCGCAGAUCGACUGGGGCGACUUUGUCGUUGUCGAGACCAUCACUUUCAACGACGCGGAUGAUCAGGCCAACCUACCCCCUCCGACCAACCUUUCGGAGCUUCAGUACGCCUCCCUCGAGGACCGAAACAAAGCUUCCAUCAGCUCCAACCUCCGAAUCGAAGAAGCCAUGCCCGACGAAGAGACGAGCUACAACGCCCACCCAGCCCAAUCUGGCCCAUCGUAUCCUCUACCCUCUCACCCCCAACAGCAGCCUUACCAACCCGUCCAUAUGCCUCCUCCCUCACAGCCUUAUGGCCCCGGUCCGCAACAACCUGAAAAAUCCGCUCAAGAGGAGGAAGAGGAACGCCGGAUCCAGGAGCGUGCAGAGCAGCAAGCCCGCAAGCAGCAGGCUCAUGCCGAAGCUCGUGGUGGUGCUCCUAUGAAGAUCAAGGAGAAUUAUGUGCCACGUGCGGCGCAAAAGGCAGCAAACAGACAGGGAACUCAGAUGGCUCUGUGUCCCAACUGCAAGCAACAUAUUCCGAUGAGCGAGCUCGAAGCUCAUAUGCGAAUCGAACUUCUCGAUCCCAGCUGGAAAGAGCAAAAGGCCAAGGCCGACUCGCGAUACGCGUCAUCCAACAUGUCCCACGUCGAUGUCGCCAACAACCUCAAGCGUCUGGCUAGUCAGCGCGACGAUGUUUUCGACCCGGUUACUGGCCAGUCCAUCUCAGAGGAUGAGCGUGCGCGGAGAAAGAAGGCGGCGAUUCACAGUUAUGACGGAGCCAUGGAUGCCAAGAGUCAGGCGCAGCUUGGCCAUAUGCACAACGUCAAUGUGGAGGAGCAGAUCCGUGCUAUUCACCAGAAGUUUGCCGACAAGAAGUAAGGCCAUGAUACGGAGAAGCAUCUAUAUGGGCGAAUGAGAGCAAGGAGUUGUCGACGACAUGCCGACAGCUACCUGAUUAGGGAAGGGGACGAAACAAGGUCCACCUUCAUCACGGAUCCUGUAUGAAAGUACGGAUCAAGAGUUUGGCGUUGUAGGAACAGGCCCAAGGUGAGGCACAUCUGGCGUCUGGUGUUAUUGAUUUCAGGGGCUCAUGCGUCAUUGUUUCAGCUCAGUUUCUCGGCGUGCAUUUCGUCUGCGAGUAGCGACGUGGAGGAGUGGUCUCAAGGAAACGGUAGAGCCUGGAAUAUGGCUCUUCACUUGGUUGAUCCCAAACCAGAUCGGGCAUCCUGCCAUACUCCGACGAGGGACUCGAUUUGGAUAUCAGUCUUGAGAGCAGACGGCAUGCUAUGGCCAAGUACCCGUGGCCUGUAUAAGAGACUGAGUUGACCUGUAUCUAGACGACAAUAGCAGGCCGGUGAUGGUCCUCGAAGAGCAUCUCGAGACAAACCUGCCCGUUCCUGGCUUCUCUGCUUAUAAGAGAGGUCAGGUUGCUUGGUCAAAUAGGGCCUAUACUAUAAUUGUGCCUUGUAGCAAGUUAAUGUAACAAUGAUUAUCCUAUUUGUA